AUGCGUAUCUACGAGAGCGGAACUGACCGCAGUCCCGAAGCACCCAGCACGCCCACCAAUCUCAGCACCUCCCUCACUUCGUCGCCCUGUGCGCCCACCACCACCACCACCACCACCAUCACCACCACCACCACCACCACCACUGCCAUCUCCAUAAUUGACACCGACACCACCGACUUCUCGUGUCCACACCGUCCAGGCACAUUCACCUCCCGCAUUGGUCUGGUCGGUCACUUGUGA